AUCACAAAUUCGUGGAUUCUUUAUAGUGAUCACUGAUCGUAAAUCGUCACUUGUCAUAGGUAUUAUUACGAAUGCUUUAGGUGCAUACGAUAUUUUUCAUUUUUUAGUAGAAUUAGUCGAAGUGCUAAUUAUUUUAACUCUGUCCAGAGUUUUAGACCAUUCAAAAGUAUACGCGUUAUAAUUUUAUAAUUACAAAUGUAAAUAUGAAAUAUCACAUCGUUUGAAAAUUAUGUAGCCCCAAAGCCGAUACACAAUUCAGUGGCAUUCAUCAAUAUCAAUACAAUCUCUUUGCUGCUAAAAUAAAUGGAUCCUCUCAGCGACGAUACUAUUCCUUUCGGAGAGGAGAACACAGCAAAUUCUACAAAACUACCGCAUCCGUAUGUAACAUUUUUCCACUUGUUCUUCAGAUUUUCUGCUGUUGUCAUCUAUUUUUUUGGAAGAUUAUUUACUGAAAGCUUUAUCACAUUAUUUGUUCUUAUAAUUUUAUUAUUAUCUAUGGACUUUUGGAUUGUAAAAAACAUAACAGGUCGUAUUAUGGUUGGAUUAAGAUGGUGGAAUUACGUAGAUGAUGAUGGUGUUUCGCAUUGGGUUUAUGAAUCAAGAAAGGGAUCUGUGCAGCAUCGAGUAAACUCUGGUGAAUAUAGAAUAUUUUGGUCUGGACUAUGGUCUGUUACUGGAAUAUGGAUUUUAUUCUUUAUCACAUCAUUCUUUAGCAUCAAUUUUAAAUGGAUGUUAUUGGUCUGUAUUGCGUUGACCUUGAACAUUGCAAAUUUGUAUGGUUAUAUAAAGUGCAAAGGAGGAAAUCAAGAAAACCUGGGCAUUUCUUCAAUGGCCAGUAGUUUUAUUUUUCAAAACAUUGGAAAAGUAAGAGAAACAAUGUCAAGCUUAAAUAAUCCCCCAAGCAGUCCAGCUAAUAUUAAACCAACCGGUAUUGUUUAAUAUUAAAUAAAAUAUGAGCUGUUACUUAAACUGUAUUGCUAAGUGUAAAUUAUACUUCUGUGUAUGUAUGAUUACCAUUAUGAUUAUCUUAAAUAUAUAAUAUUAUAAUUGUGUAUAUGGAUAAAUAAAUUGAAGUCUAUAAAAAAAUAAA